UUGCAAUAUCUGGAUAUAUCUCACAACAAAUUCACUGGAAUUAUAUCACCACAAUUUUUGCAGACGCACUCAUCACUGAUGUACUUGAAAUUUGGUGAAAAUUCGUUUAUUGGUUCUCUGCCUCCUGAAGUUGGAAAGCUUAUACACUUGGUGGAUUUCAAUGUUUCCCACAACCAAGUUUCCGGAGAUAUACCCAUGUCACUUGCUGAUUGUUCAAAUCUGGAGAAUCUUUCCAUGCAAGCCAAUUUUUUCCAAGGAACAAUUCCACCAAAUUUGGCUUCUUUGAAGAGCAUCCAGCAAAUAGACCUUUCAAGUAAUAACUUGACUGGAUCAAUACCAAAAGAACUUGAGAAGCUUCGAUUUUUGAGGUACUUAAACCUUUCCUACAACGACAUCGAGGGAGAGAUACCAAACAGAGGGAUUUUCAUCAAUGCAAGUCAAAUAUCAUUGGUUGGCAACAACAAACUCUGUGGAGGCAUUCCAGAAUUGGAGUUCCCACCUUGCCCGGUUAUCAGAGGGAAAAACAGAGGAAAGCUGAAGGUUAUCAUAUUGCUGUCUAUUCUAUUACCGGCAACGCUUCUGGUUCUUGGUACAGUGUUGUUAUAUUUCUGCGUUUGUCAAAAAGGAGAAAGAAAAAUGGCAGCCGGAUUCUCUAGCAUGCCCACAAGAGUCGAUAAGCUCUUGCGAAUUUCUUACCAUGAACUUCAUCGUGCAACUUCAGGAUUUUCUCCAGAAAACUUGAUUGGUUCAGGAAAUUUUGGAGCUGUCUACAAAGGAAGGCUAGAAAAACAUGGCAACAAGCUUGUAGCAGUCAAAGUUCUUGAUCUUCAAAAGAAUGGGGCUUCCAAAAGUUUUAAAGCCGAGUGCAAAACAUUGAGAAGUAUUCGCCAUAGAAACCUCGUCUCUAUCAUGAGUUAUUGCUCCAGUAUUGAUUCCAAGGGCGAUGAAUUCAAAGCUCUAGUCUAUGAGUUUAUGGAAAAUGGAAAUCUUGACCUGUGGCUGCAUCCUGAGACAGCUGAUCAAGCAACAAGCUCAAGAAGCCUUGGUCUUUCUCAGAAGCUGAAUAUUGCAAUUGAUGUGGCUUCAGCAUUGCAGUAUCUUCACAACCAUUGUGAAGCAGAGAUUGUUCAUUGUGAUCUAAAACCAAGUAACAUUCUUCUUGACAAUGAUCUUGUUGCACAUGUGGGUGAUUUUGGAUUGGCAAGGCUUCUCCCAAAACCCAUCAACAUAUCUUCCGAGCAAGGAACCAGCAGUACUAUUGCUAUGAAAGGAACAAUCGGUUACGCAGCCCCAGAGUAUGGAAUGGGUGUUGCGGCAUCAACUCUGGGGGAUGUCUACAGCUAUGGAAUUCUUUUGCUAGAGAUGAUCACAAGGAAAAGACCAACAGAUGAUAUGUUCAUGGAUGAGCUUGAUCUACAUAAUUUUGUUAAUAGAGCCUUGCCUGGACACGCUUAUGAGAUCGUGGACCCUUUGCUUCUGUCUAAAGCAGGUGAUGAAAACAAAAGAAUGACUCCUGGAAGGGAUGAAACUGAUGGUGGAAGGGAGAUGGAUUGUGUUAUUUCCCUGUUGAAAAUCGGGCUCAAAUGCUCAGAGAAAUCGCCAAAUGAUCGGAUGCACAUGAAUGAAGAAGUCGGAAAAUUGCAUCAUAUUAAGGAUGUUUUUCUUGGUGUCAGGGCAUAUCAAAAAAAUCUUGAAGCUUAAUAGCCACAGCUGUUUGUUUGUUGGUCUGAAUCUCCGAGCUGAAGUUGCUAGUCUGAUGAGUUGAUAACGAAGACACCUUUGGCUUUUUAUUUGGAAAAAUAAAUGGAUGACUGGAACAUAUAUCUAUA